UGGAUUAGUGCUCAUUCUGACACAAGACAACAACAAUCCUUGAAUCGUGGUCCUGGAGUACCCCAUGUCCUGCACAUUUUAGUAUUUUUUCCUGUUCUUGAUUCGACUAUUCAGCUAAUUAACAGCCCUAUCUGAGGUUGCAUCAGAGCAGGAACAACACUAAAAUGUGCAGUGCAGUGCAGGGGGGUUCUCCAAGCCCAGGGCUGGGAACCUGUGCUUUGUUUAAGCCUUUUAACCUCGAAUAAAGAAUGAACACCAGAUGGCGCAAGCGCAUUAUUUUCUCCAUGCGACAUGAGGCUUAUUGCAGCUGCUGCUCUCUGAGCACCAAACUGCAGCUCUGAGCUUCUGCGCUUGCAUUCUCAUUAGAACAGUGGAGAUCAUUUAACACGCGAAGGCAACACAAUAGGUGAAACUCGAUUUCACAGACUCAGCCUCAGCUGUAGCCAAAAGUUGUGCUUGUCCUCUGUUUUCUACUUUUACCCCUGUCUCGUUCCACGUGCAUAAACGAUUUUUGCGCACAGACAUGAUGUGUAGAUAUGUUAACUGACCCGGCGAGUCUUACCCUUGACUUAGUCAGGAGAAGAAAGGAAACAGUAAUUAUCCACACAGGAGGCAUGCAGCUGCGAGUAUGAGUGUGUUUGGUGUGUGUGAGGAGAGCUGAUGCUGCAACCUGCUCCGCGCGCUCUCCUCCAGCACAGCAGCCGGAAACGGUCACCGGAGCGCCACCAUCACCAGGGUCCACAGGAGUCUGUGAGAUCUGCAGCCUAGAUCACUAUGUAUGAUUGCUAAAUGCACCAUUCCCCUUCUCACACACAGUAUUCCAUCCACGGCCCUGUCACACCGAUGAUUAACCUUAUGCUCUGGAAUCUGAGGAGCAGAGAAUGGUCGCUCCACUUUGGGAUCUCCGCAAACAGGUCAUUACUUCAACACUGAGGUUUACUGGUGAUACUUUUCACCUUGCACACCUGUUUCAUACUUCCCACCUGCUACAGUAACUGCUGCACGCCUGACAGGACUCCACUUCUGUUUAUUUGCUUGCUUAGUUAUUUAACGCAUCACUAUCAUGGCAAGGUACUCAACCUGGCAGGGUUGCCUUUUUAUGCUGUCAGUGGCGAGCUGCUCCUUCACCUAUGGACCUCAGCGCCUAGUGGACCCACUCGUGCCCCCAGCUCCUGAAUAUGCUCAUUCCAUUAGAAUAGAUGGAGACAUCAUCCUGGGAGGCCUCUUCCCAGUUCAUGCACGAGGGGAGCGUGGCGCCCCAUGCGGCGAGCUAAAGAAAGAGAAAGGCAUUCAUCGCUUGGAGGCCAUGCUCUUUGCUAUUGAUCUCAUUAACAAGGACCCUGAGCUGCUGCCCAAUAUCACGCUGGGUGCUCGCAUCCUGGAUACAUGCUCAAGAGACACGUAUGCUUUGGAGCAGUCACUCACCUUUGUGCAGGCACUGAUCGAGCGUGACCCGUCUGAUGUGCGCUGUGCCAGUGGAGAGCCGCCCAUCUUUGCCAAACCUGACAAAAUUGUAGGGGUGAUUGGUGCAUCUGCAAGCUCUGUCUCCAUCAUGGUAGCCAACAUCCUGCGGCUGUUUAAGAUUCCUCAGAUCAGCUAUGCGUCAACUGCUCCAGAGCUGAGCGAUAACACCCGCUAUGACUUCUUCUCUCGUGUGGUGCCGCCUGACUCUUACCAGGCCCAGGCUAUGCUGGACAUUGUCAUGGCCAUGGGAUGGAACUACGUCUCCACACUGGCGUCAGAGGGCAACUAUGGCGAGAGUGGUGUCGAGGCCUUUGUCCAGAUAAGUCGUGAAACUGGUGGUGUGUGCAUUGCACAAUCUCUGAAGAUCCCCAGAGAACCCAGGCCUGGAGAGUUCAACAAGAUCAUCUCACGACUGCUUGAGACUCCCAAUGCUCGUGCCAUUAUCAUGUUCGCAAAUGAGGACGACAUAAGACGUGUUCUUGAUGCUGCUAAGCGAAACAAUCAGACAAAUCACUUUCUCUGGGUGGGCUCAGACAGCUGGGGCUCGAAGAUCUCCCCUGUACAUCAGCAGGAGAAAGUGGCUGAGGGAGCCAUUACUAUUCUGCCUAAGAGAGCUUCAGUGGAAGCUUUUGACAGGUAUUUCAGAAGUCGCAGCUUAUCUAACAACAGGAGGAAUGUGUGGUUUGCUGAAUUCUGGGAGGAAAACUUUGGAUGCAAGUUGGGAAUGCACGGCAAGCGCCCUGGCAGCCCCAAGAAGUGCACAGGCUUGGAGAAGGUGGGCAGGGACUCCAGCUUCGAGCAGGAGGGGAAAGUGCAGUUUGUGAUGGAUGCAGUUUAUGCCAUGGCUCAUGCUCUUCACCGCAUGCACCGAGACCUGUGCUCCGGAAGCCCAGGACUGUGCUCUCGCAUGAGCAACAUCGACGGCAAGGAACUGCUGGGUUACAUCCGCAAUGUCAGCUUUAACGGUAGUGCUAAAACCCCUGUAACAUUCAACGAGAACGGAGACGCUCCUGGACGAUACGACAUCUUCCAGUAUCAAAUUACUAAUGAUUCUGCUGAAUACAAAGUCAUCGGGCACUGGACGGAUCAGCUGCAUUUAAAUAUGGGUAUCAUGCAGUGGGUGAGUGGGGACUCAUCUGUGCCCACCUCGGUGUGCAGCAUGCCCUGUCACACCGGGGAGCGAAAGAAGGUGGUGAAGGGUGUGCCAUGCUGUUGGCACUGUGAGCGCUGUGAGGGAUACCACUACCAGGCCAACGAGUUCAUGUGCCAGCUGUGUCCAUACGAGCAGCGGCCUGACAACAACCGCACUGGCUGCCAGCCCAUCCCUAUCAUUAAGCUGGAGUGGCACUCAGCCUGGGCCGUGGUACCUGUUUUCAUUGCCAUUCUGGGUAUCAUAGCCACCACGUUCGUGAUAAUCACCUUCAUACGCUACAAUGACACACCAAUUGUACGUGCCUCAGGCAGGGAGAUGAGCUAUGUGCUGCUGACUGGAAUAUUCCUCUGCUACGUUACCACGUUUCCUAUGAUCGCAGCACCUGGAGUGGCUGUGUGCUCCUUCCGAAGGCUCUUCCUCGGCCUGGGCAUGUGCUUCAGCUAUGCCGCGCUGCUCACCAAGACCAACCGCAUUCACCGCAUCUUUGAGCAGGGGAAACGCUCAGUGGCGGCACCGCGUUUCAUCAGCCCAGCCUCCCAGCUGUUCAUCACCUUCAGCCUAAUCUCAGUGCAGCUCAUGGGUGUGCUGGUGUGGUUCAUCGCCGACCCGCCACACACUUUUGUGGAUUAUGGUGAGCAGCGCACACAGGACCCUGAAAAUGCCCGCGGCGUGCUCAAAUGCGACAUAUCGGAUCUCUCGCUCAUCUGUUCGUUAGGCUAUAGCAUUCUCUUAAUGGUCACAUGCACUGUUUAUGCCAUCAAAACCAGAGGAGUACCAGAGACCUUCAAUGAGGCCAAGCCCAUUGGAUUUACUAUGUACACCACCUGCAUCAUUUGGCUUGCCUUCAUACCAAUCUUCUUUGGGACGGCACAGUCUGCAGAACGAAUGUACAUCCAGACGACCACUCUGACCAUGUCUCUGAGCCUGAGUGCAUCUGUGUCACUGGGAAUGCUCUACAUGCCCAAAGUCUAUAUAAUUAUCUUUCACCCUGAGCAAAACGUGCCCAAACGCAAGCGCAGCUUCAAGGCUAUUGUCACAGCUGCCACCAUGUCCAGCAAGCUCAGUCAGCUGGCCAGUGAAAGGCCAAACGGAGAGGUGAAAACUGAGCUCUGUGAGAGUGUGGACAACAGCACAUUACCCACCAAAACAACAUAUGUCAGCUAUACCAAUCAUGCCAUGUGAAGAUGCAUCCUGAGUAGAGGAUUCUGGGAAGGAUUACUGGCACUGACUGGAACUAAAGCAUGAGACUUUAAUGUUGUUCAUGAUAAAGAGAGUGUUUGUUGUACUGAGACAAAUCUUGCCUGUUUUUUCUAACAGUUAAACGUAUUGGCCGUACAACAGCGUGACUGGGACAGCACUCACUGCUGGCAUAACAACACGUGGAAAUGGGACUUCAUUGAAGCAGAGGAAAAUAACUAUAUAUAUAAAUAUAUACAUAUUUUAAAAAAAAAAUCAAAGAAAAUUAAGGAAAUGUUGGAGUCAACCAUGAUAGUUGUUAUUCUAAUUGUAAGUAUUUUGUGGUUGUGCAGAUUUUUUCAUUCUUGUCCCACGGUGUGAAAUCUGCGUUGGAAAAUGCCUUUGUCUCUUGUAUCGGCUACUCUGGUCAAUUAGCGCUGGUUUGUUAAGUGUGUAUAUGCCAUGGUUGAAGCAUGCCUGAUUUUUAUACAAAUAAUUUAUUUAUAAUAAAGGAAUGUUUUUGAAAUGUCUAGAGAGCUUGGAUGAGCAGUCACAUAUUGUGCUUUUUGGAAUGCAGUUUUUGGUGGUUUAUAACCACCCAGCUACACAAUUAGUGGAACUCAAUUUAGAGAGCAAAAAUACACAAACUACACAUGAAUCUUAUACAAAGAAAGAAUUAUUUCUACACUGGAAUGAUUAGAAGCUCUACAUACUCAUGGCUUAAUGAGGCUCAGGACAAAAAUAAGUCAUUCAUAAUAUGAAUUAGGCCGUUUUACUUUAUGGAACUAUCUUUCUUAGCAGGUGAGCCUAGACCCAGGCAAAAAGCACGGCUGGCAAGAUAUUAUUUAUGAGCUGCAGUACUGUAGUCUAAAUAUAGCAAGCAAAUGCUCAGUUUUUCAGUUUUGCUAUGCCAGGAGUAUACACAGUUGUACUUUUCAUUGCUGUUUUAUGUAUACAGCUCGAAAUACUGAAAUGCCCUGCAUCCAAAAGAUAAAAAAAAAAAACAACCUCAUUUAAAGAAAGUAGAGGAACCAAUUGAGAAGGUUGUAAACAGUCGAUCUUUGGACUAAGGUAAAGUAAUGAAAGCAGACACUUUGGGAAAGUGAAAGCAGCAUUUUGGAACAGCGUUUUUUUGUUCGGCAAAUGUGUUAAACACUUUAGUUUAAAGGGUAAGUGUAGACACGACUAUAGACUUCACACGUUGAUUAAGCUGUAUUUUAAAGCCCUAUUUCCUUAUUCCAAAAGGCAAAGCCUUGCCUAUAGGCAUAUUAAAAUGUAAUAUGUACAUGCGUAACAAACAAUCUCAUCUCACCCUUGUGUUUAAAUCCUGGUUUUGUUUCUGUCCACAGUAGAACCACAUCUCAUUUUUCACCCUCGAUACACAAACCUCCAGGCUAAAUAGAAGGGCAGCUUAGACCACUACCAUAGCCAGUUCCUUCUGGACUAUCAAGUGGCCAGCACUCUGUGUCCAGAAUCCACCAAUCAAUAAAGACAGAGCUUCAUAUAUUCUGAAUGUGUAACAUUAGCUUAUUGUGGCAUCAGCUAUCUUACCAAUGUCAGCCAAUGUUUCAGGUGUUAAUGGUAUCUAAUAAUAAGGUCCAAUUAUGAUUUAGCCAUUCAGGGUAACAGUGCUACUCUGAAGACAUGUUAAGUGGUUUGUCCACUAAUGCAUUUAAAAAUGUGUUAACCCAUCUCACACAGCAGUCUCGUUUUUACAAGGUUACAUUUCUGAUAUUGGUUGCGUUUUGCUCUUAAACGAGUAAUAAGGUUGAGACUUUAUCCUAGAAUUAGCAUAUACAGCUAGCAUCCAUGCAUGAUGGUGUUAAGGACAUUUUAAUGAUUUGCUUUCAGUCUAUAAUUUGGGUAACAUGCUUAUACUUUCAAUAUCAAUGUCAAUACCACAAUCUAUCUGAAAAAAAAGAGCCAACAUAGUUUUUGUCUUCCUAUAAUCUUCAGGAAAUUCAGAUUAUGCACUUUCUAUCUGAUGUAGAAUUUUCCAAAUAGUUCAUAGGGGGGAUGUGUUCAGUUUACAGGGUUGAGAGCUGAAAUGUUACAAUUUUCAUAACCUAUAGUAAAUGACCUGCAAGGACAUGCAAAAAUGCUGUUUUCUAAGGGUUUUAUGAAUGU